UCCUUCCUUAUAAACUUUGAGCUGCUAAUUUGUUUUGUUACUGAGCCGUAGCUCGAAUGUUCCAGUCAAUGUGAUCUGAUCUGAACUUUUGAGCCACUCAGAGCCGAUUUACAGUUACACACGUCUAAUCAAAUCAAUGUCAGAUACCGAAACGAAAUGUCAUUCGAUUUCAUAUCGAAGUCGAGCAAGUGCUUAUUGUUGGUUGUUGGAUUUUAUGAGUUUCCUGAGAGGAAGCAUGUUAAGGUAGAGGAGGCGUGCAGCGCCGAGCAGAGCUGAGGUCAACGGCGGCGGUCGGCAGUGAGGAAAGCGGCGCCAGCACGCAGCAUGGGCUAUGACAUCGGGUGGAUCAUCCCGAGGCUGCGCAACCCGGGUCGGCUGUGGACGUGCGCUAGCUCCAUCACGGUAGCGGUCGUUGGAUUAUUUAGUAAAAUUAUUAUUGAGUUCCUGAACAAGACAACGGUGCACAACCGCGAGGCGCUGGCGCGCGCCGUGCGCCGCCCGCCCGGCGUGCCCCUGCUCACCGUCUCCAACCACCAUUCCUGCUUCGACGACCCCGGCCUCUGGGGUGCGCUCUCCUCCAUCACAAUCUAAUCACAAACAAAUGUCAUAUCUUUUCUUUAUAAACUGUCUCCAAGUUAAUUAAUGUUUUUGAUGGUUGACAUAUUUCAUUUUGAACAUACAUCAUAAGUAGAAAGUUGACAUAAGAACUGAUGCAGGUGAGGUGCUAAACGUGCAAUCACUUCACAAUAUAGUUGUUCUCUCGCACUGUUACUAUUUUAUUGAAAUCUACUUUGCUAUAAUUUUAUGCAGAUGUGCAUAAAUGUGAUAUGAGUUGGCAGUAAUUGAAGUCUGUUUGGUGUGUCUCGGUACGUGUCUGUGCGGUGCGGCGCUGUGCGGUGUGCGGUGUGCGGUGUGC